UUACUUCACCUGAUUAGUAAACAUUAGUCAAUUUAAAGUAUUGGUCAUUCGAGAAGAAGGUGUAUUGAUCUAGAGACAUGUUUGCUAACAGGAUUCUUGGGACUAACCCAGGACUGCUGACCACCACAGUCCAAGUGACCACUAGUCACUAAUGCAGGAUUUAUAGCCCCAACGGUCAAAAGAUGAAGGUAUUUCAGGAGCUUGUUGGCCUAGUUGGUUGGUUGGCUCAAAGUUUGCCCAUGCCCAUAAAGAGGGUCCCCAGAAAGAAGUGGAAGCACAUAUAUACCCCCAGAGAAAUACAACUUUUAGUCUUUGACUCAUCCCAUCGCUGCCUCGCUAUCUUUACUGUGUAGAGUCAGAGCCAAAAGGAAGUCAAGAUGUCUGAGGGAAAGAAGAUGACCUCAAGCCGCAGGCAUCAUCUGAAGAGUUUGAUGCUUCAGAUCGCUGCUAACUGGCUGGCAGAGGAGGCCAAACAGAUCGAGGAGGCCAAGGAGGCGUACAUGGCCGAGCACUGCCCCGCCCCCGACUUAAGCGGAGACCAGAAUGCCCUCAUGGAGUUCUGCAAGAAGCUGCACCAGGCUCUAGACAAGAUCGAUGACGAUAGAUACGACACAGAGGCCAAAGUGGCGAAGGCUGACAAAGAGAUUGAGGAGCUGAAGAUGAGAGUGACAGAGUUGGCUGGAGUGAAGAAGCCCGCUCUGAAGAAAGUGCGUAUGUCCGCUGACGCCAUGCUGCAGGCUCUGCUCGGAGGAAAACACAAGGUCACCAUGGAUCUGAGGUCCAACCUGAAGCAGGUUAAGAAGGAGGUCAAGGAGGAGAGUGCUGAGGCCGUGGGUGACUGGCGUAAGAACAUUGAAGACAAAGCCGACAGGAAGAAGAUGUUUGAGACUAGUUAAAGACAUUUUUAUUUUACCUUUUGGUCUGCCACACCCUCCUCCUCUGUUUAUCCAAACUUUUUUCCUGGAUUAAAAAGCUAAAUUGUCAUUUAAUGUUCUGGGAUGUUUAAGAAAAACUCACCCGCUGAAGUAAUUUUGAAUGUAUAGAUGUAAAAACACACUAGUAAAGUAAAGAAGUAGAUA